CUCUCCUUAUUCGAAGGAGGAGACGCGAGGCCCCCCCAACCCAUUCCCUCUCUGCCUUUAUCACGGGCCGGCAACCGUUUUAAAAAGCACCAGCCCUUUGUUUUAGCUCUAGCUGACCCUCCUUGUCUCCCCUCCCCGGGUUUUAUUGAGCCCCUGCUGCUGUAAUAUCCCCUAACCAUGGCGGCGAGUGCGAAACGAAAACAGGAGGAGAAACACCUGAAGAUGCUGAGAGAAAUGACGAGUUUGCCUCCCAACAGAAAGUGCUUUGACUGCGACCAGCGCGGCCCAACCUAUGCCAACAUGACUGUGGCAUCCUUCGUGUGCACCUCCUGCUCCGGCAUCCUACGAGGACUGAACCCUCCGCACAGAGUCAAGUCCAUCUCCAUGACGACCUUCACGCAACAGGAAAUCGAGUUCUUACAGAAACACGGCAAUGAGGUGUGUAAACGGAUCUGGCUCAGCCUCUAUGAUGACAGAAGCACCUCGAUACCAGACUUCAGAGAACCGCAGAAGGUCAAGGAGUUUCUUCAGGAGAAAUACGAGAAAAAGAGAUGGUACGUUCCUCCAGAGCAGGCCAAGUCCGUGGCCUCCGUCCAUGCCUCCGGCUCCUCCAACAGCAGCACCAGCAGCACCCCCGAGGUCAGACCACUCAAAUCCCUGCUGGGGGAGUCUGCCCCCUCCCUACACCUCAACAAGAACACCCCCCCUAACCAGUCUCCAGUGGUGAGCCGUGGACAGAGCCAGCAGCAGCAGCAGCAGCAGCAGCAGCAGUUCCACGACAAGAGGUUUGACCUCCUCAGCGACCUGGGUGGAGACAUCUUUGCUGCCCCGCCCAACAUGAACGCCGCCGCCAGCUCCAGUUUUGCUAACUUUGCACAUUUCAACAGCCACACAACUGCACAGAGUGCCAACGCAAAUGCAAACUUUGCUAAUUUUGAUGCGUUCGGGAGCGCAUCUGGGUCCACAGGUGGCUUCCCCUCAGCACCACAAGCCCAAUUCCAUCCCUCAAAUACAGCAUUCACUGUGCUCUCAUCCAGUCGCAGUAUGGGUGAGUUUGCCCCUGCCCUGCCUCUCCAGGUUGCACACAGUAGCGCCUCAGGGGGACUAGCAAAUGCCAGUUUUGCAAAUUUUGACAACUUCCCAAAAUCGUGUAGCGCUGACUUUGGAUCCUUCAGUUCCUCCACCCCGAGUAACUCCACAGCAGCUGGCAGAGAAGCUGUGCAGAGUACUAGCUACCCUGAUGAUAAAUACGCAGCCCUGACUGACCUGGAUAACGUGUUAAGCUCUGCCAAAACAGAGCAAGGAGCUGGUCUUCCUGCUGGGGGGGGCUCGGCGUCAGCAGGUGUGGGGGGUCCGCCUCAGAGGCAGCCAGCAGUGUCUUCAGGGGGCGACCGCUACGCUGCUCUGGCUGAGCUGGACACUGUGUUCGGCCCCCCAGUCCCUCCCACCAGUGUUUACAACCCCGGCAGCGCCUCAAAAGGGAGUGUGUUUGGCACAGAGACUGGGAUGUCCGCAUCACAAGCACAGCAGGGCCUGCCUGGCAUGGUUCAGGGUUUUGGAGCUCAGUCAACCAAUCCGUUUGUAGCCGCCCCGGCAGCCCCUCCCACCAACCCCUUCCAGAGCAACGGCAGGACGGCCCACAUGGCGGCAGCGGCGGCGGCAGCAGCUGCAGCAGCAUCUUUCGGCACAGGCUCCAUGAGCAUGCCAGCUGGAUUUGGGAAUCCUGCAGCCUUCAACCUUCCCACCAGCUUCAGUGGAACGUUCCAGCAGCCCUUCCCCGGGCAGGCCCCCUUCCCACAGCCUCCGGCGUACCCCCAGCAGCCCAACGGUGGAGGAUUUGCAUCCUUCGGCCAGGCCAAGCCUGUUGCGGCUCCAUUCGGACAAACAAUGUCUGGACCUAUGAUCUCAAGCAACCCCUUCCUGGGUGCGGGUCCAUCGACACAGUAUCCAGCAGGAGGGUCUUCAACAAACCCCUUCUUAUAGCGAUCCCUCACAUCCGCUCCACUACAGGGUCAACAACCGGCGCGCUUGCACCUCUUGCACUGUUUGUUUCACAAGUAGCUUUAAACACAAUGUUUGUAAGGAUUUGUAUUUUCUAUCGCAGUUUGUCACAAGUGAACCGCUGUGACAGACCAUCAUGCUGACACUGUCCAUGGCUACAAAACAAAGUGAUGGUGUGUGUGCAGAGGGAGAGGACGGUCCCCUCUUUCUCUAUUUGACCUGUGAACUGGCCUGGCCUCUACUGAAACACAAUGUAUAAUCAAACUGGCUGAAAACUAAGUUAUUGUAACAGUAUAUCCCAUUCGUUAUGCUGCAAUUUUGUACAUAUUCAUUUUUCUUUUAGCGCUUUUGUGCAUAUCAGUAUUUGUAUCUAACACACAAGAUUUGUUCGGACAGAUCUGUUGCUUCUUGGUAAGUUUAUGGGUACUGCCACUUACUGUAUUUGUGAACAACCAACUGUGUAAUUGUGCGGGUUCCUUUUUAGGUAAACUGUUGGCUACGGUGGCCGACAGGUGCAAACGUGCCACAGCGGUCCAAAGCACUUCCAUUAGGAGAAACGCAACUUCAAAAACUAAGCAAAUCUAAAACACAAAUAUGCCAAAACACAUGCAGAUGAAGGAACGUCUUUACCAGUGUUUACCAAAAGUGCUGCAUAAACGAAACACUGCAAGAAGCUCAAAACACAACCGACACUGUUUGGGGGGGGGGGGACACUGAAAAGUGACACACACAGCUAGGAGCGGAGCAGUUGUUGACUUUCGGGGAUUAUAAAGUUUGCCAACUGUCACUGUUGGCAGAGUUAGUCUGCUUCAUAAUUAUUAGUGUUUUUUGUCAGUAUCUUUGAAAGAUUUGCUACAUUGAUCCUAAUUUGGGAAAAUGUCUUCGUCACAGCAGCAUGUAAACAAGACAUUGCACAUAAAAAAAUAGAAAGUAAACAAAUAUCCACAUGAAAUUACAUAUUAAAUAAAACCAAACUUAAAAGUAAAACAUAGACAUACUGACAGUGAAAGAUGUAUCUGUAAAUGACUGUUAGCCGUUAGCUAGCUAGCUUACAGCAGAUCUGCAAUAGUCUUUGUGUUAGAGGUGUCGAACAUGUUUCUUUAUUUGUAUAUGUUUUUGGCACGUUUGUUUUUUUAUAAUUGCACUGAAGCUGCAGCGCGUUCCUCCUAAUGGAAAUGUGUCGGUUCGUUAUAUGCGUUGUUUGCACCUGUGGGCCACCGUAGUUCUCCCUUAAGAAAAAAAACAAAGCCUGUUCUGUUGGCGAGAGAUAAAUAAGUGUCUGCUGAGUCAGGGACGGGCCGGGGUCUCUGCCGCCCCCUCCUGCUGACAGAGCCUCGGGGCACGAAGCUUCUGAAAUCCAGUCGAGAAUGGCUGCUGGGCUGAAAACCACUUGCUUUAGAGAAUUUUAAGUUAAUGUGUAAAUAUAUACAGUAUAUAUAUUAAAAUGAAUUUUAAAUAAGAAAUGACCAAACCAUUCAUUUAUAUUGAUGUAUGGAGAAUCUUGUACAUUUGUUUUGUAUAUAUAAAAGGA